AUGGACUUGUCAAAGCCUGGAGGUUCAACCAGUCAAGUCUGGAAGUCGGAUGGUACAUUGCAGACUGGGCCUGGGCUGGACCAUUGGCACGCAUCUGGCACCUGCACCGGCAUCACGGCUGGUUACAACUUCCUCCAAAUCGGGGACUGGCGCUUGGCUCGAAUCAACGACAGGCACUUCACCUUCUCACAUCGAGGUGGUCAAACCCCCAUGAUGUACAAAUCUGAUGGCACACACAAAAAAGGGCCGCGGACGAGCUUUGGCUCUUGGGGCUGGGAAGCUGGAAAGACGCCAUCCUUUGGUGAAGUGCGAUUUGGAGAUCACUUCAUCCAAUUUGGAGAGUUUCGUCUUGGUGCAGUGGAUGACAAUCACCUCUCCGUGUCUCAUUCGGGAGGCCUGACUGCGAUGAUCUUCGGGCAGGGAACUCUUCAUCCUGGACCCCGUCAUGACUACGGCUUGUGGGAGAAGCCCUUGGGGGAGCCCAUGGGCGUGACCUUCGGAGAUCGUUUCGUGCAGAUCGGUAACUUCCGCCUGGGCGACGUGGACUCCAAGCACUUCUCAGUGUCUCAUGUCAUUGGCAAGACAAACGUUGUCUUCAAAAGCGAUGGUACAGUAAACGACUGGCCGGGAACAAGCUUCACCACUUUCGGGCGCCCCUUGGAAGAGUGCUUCGUGGCACCGCCGUGA